UGUUUUACCCGGAUCAGGAAAACGUUGCGCAGGCUAGGUCAGUCAGCGUGCUAGUCAGCAUCCCAAAGACUCUGCUUUAAAUAAACAAACCAUUACUACUUAAAUAAGCUGUAAGUUUAUAAUAAAAUGUCUGAACUGAAUUGUGACCAUUUUCCGCUUCAUUUUUGUUAGCAUUAGUGGUCCGCAAAAAUAGCACGAGCUGACUGCCAGCCGUUGCAACUUAAAUAACACUAAAGAGCACAACGUAAACAACAUUGCACAGCCUAUGUAGGCUAGCUAUACAGAGAACAAGAAGACGUGUGGACUUCCUGUCAAUUUGUAAGGUAACGUAGUAAGAUGUCGGAGUCUGGGCACAGCCAGCCUGGAAUGUACGGACAGGGACGGAGGAGACGAAGACGGAGAGACAGGGAACCUGGACCACCUGGACAAAAUCUCUCCGGACCGAGUCGGGAUAGAGACUACGGCCCACGGGAGAGGAGGGAUGGAAGCGAGGAGCCAUCUGGCCCACUUCUUCAGAAAACUCCAAUUAUUCUGGCCAAACCACCGGGAGAAAGGGCGAAGCCGAGUGCUGCUGUCAGUGGUGCUCCGUUAGAGAAGCCAAUUAUGCUGAUAAAAGCCAGAGAUGAAGGAGGCAAACCGGGCAGCACACAAGACGCUGCUCCUCCAGUUUCUGGCUCCGGAGCAGCUAAGCUGGAGAGGGAAGGUCAACGUCCAACACAGCCUGUGUAUCAGAUCCAGAAUCGCGGAAUGGCUUCGACUACAUCCACCUGUGCUGUUGAUCCUGUUAUUGGGCAGACAAAGCUCCUCCCUCCUGAGAAAAUGAAGCACAGCAUUAAACUAGUGGAUGACCAGAUGAAUUGGUGUGACAGCGCUAUGGAGUAUCUGCGGGACCAGACUGACAUGCUGGUUGUGGGUGUCCUAGGGCUCCAGGGGAUGGGAAAGUCCACCAUCAUGUCUCUUCUCUCAGCCAACAUGCCCGAAGAAGACCAAAGGGCAUACGUGUUCAGGGCCCAGACGCAGGAAAUCAAAGAGAGAGGGGGCAACCAAACCAGUGGAAUCGACUUCUACAUUACACAAGAGAGAGUCAUCUUCCUGGACACACAGCCAAUUCUGAGUCCUUCAAUCUUGGAUCAUCUCAUCAAUAAUGACCGCAAGCUGCCACCAGAGUAUAACCUGCCACACACGUAUGUGGAGAUGCAGUCUCUACAGAUAGCUGCUUUUCUCUUCACUGUGUGCCAUGUUGUAAUCGUGGUUCAGGACUGGUUUACAGACAUCAACCUCUACAGGUUUUUACAAACCGCUGAGAUGCUGAAGCCUUCGACUCCAUCUGCCAGCCAUGACAGUGGAGGUUCAUCAGGACCAGAUGAUGGAUCAGAAUACUAUCCUCACCUCAUUUUUUUGCAGAACAAAGCAAGAAGGGAGGAGUUUUGUCCCCGAAACCUGAAAGAUAUGCACAUGGUUGUGGACAAACUGAUGGCCCAUUCCCACCUGAAAUAUAAAGGCAUGCUAUCCAUGUUGGACUGUAAUAUAUUCCCUGGACUGGACCGGGACUACCUUGAACAUGAAGUAAAUCUCUUCCUUUUGCCCAUUUUGGAGAACGAUGGAGAUGACGCUUUGACAAGAGCAGGAUCUGGAUCUGGUCCUCUUUUCUCUCUGCUGCCUGGCUACAAAGGCCACCCGAGCUUUUCCUCUCUGGUGACCAAACUGCGUAGCCAAGUCCUGGCCAUGUCCCGCAAUCAGCUCUCCCACACCAUCCUCACUGAGAAAAACUGGUUCCACUAUGCUGCCAGAAUUUGGGAUGGGGUAAAGAAGUCCUCAGCGCUAUCCGAAUACAGCCGCUUACUGUCGUAAACCAGACAAGCUGUGGAGAAAGUCCCUCAACUUCACAUGCACUAAGGCUUUGAAAGAGUGUUACCUUUUGCUACACAGAGGCAGUGUCCUGCGUGUUCAACUAGAACAGGGCUGACUUUUCACUGGAGCACUUGAAGUUCAGACAACAGCUACAGGCUGCAUACUCUCUGUUGUAGCUUAAACAGGGACUUAUAGCAAGCAUGCUUGCUACGAAUGUUAAUCUUCUACCAGCUUUCUGACUGUGGUUUAGGGCCAAGAGCUGAACUCGGAAAAGCACUGCGUUUUUUUUAAAGAAACAAUCCCUUAAGAGAUGUUAGUACCUUUUUAUUUUAUUAUUAUUAUUUUUUUUUUUUGCUCGUAUGCACUCAUUUUCAUCAACUGCUCUAAUCUGGUCAGGGUCAUGGUGGAUCCAGAGCCCCUCCCCAGUACACUGGAUGUAAGGUGGGAAUAAACUCACAGGGCAUCAUGUACACGCUUUAACGCAUUUUAUCUUACCAUGUCAAGUAAGUGGAUUAGCUAUGAGGAAAAGGGAGAACCUCGAAAAAAAAUACCACAAAGACAGGGAGAACAUGUACAGAAACUCCAGACAGACAGACAGUAACUGGAGCUCAGGAUCAGACUGGGGACCCUGGAGCUGUGAAGUGGCAAUGCCACCUUGCUGCCUAUUUAUUUGCUGUCAAUUUAAAAAAAUGUUAAAAGUAGGUUGUAAGAUUAGUUUGUAUGGAACAAAAUUGUUUAAUAAAACAACAUGAAAGUUUAACCAAUUGCAAUGAUUAAGAUGACUGUAAUAUAAGUGUAUCAGGUGCGUCAACAAUGCUGAAGGUAUUGAACAUCUUGAUGUCAUUGUUGGAUUGAGCAACAGUCCACUUUUAAUAAAAAGAAACAAUAAAAAUA